CGUGCCGCUAUCUGCCGCACUCGCUUUGCUUCUCGUUGCGCUGAAUCCGCUCUUGCCGCUGGCCGUUUCUGUGGUGGCGGCGGCGGCAGCACUUUUUGCGCGCUUCUUGGUUGCGCUGCUGUCUUAAUUUUCCAUGCGAGCCGUCCGGAGAGGCUCCGGGAAGGGCUGCCGCCUUUUGCCCAAGAUCGAGGACCAGCCUGGGAUGACCUCAGGCUUGCUUUGGGCUGUUUGAGCAGCGCGGCGAUCAAGGGGAAUCUAAUGGAAGCGAUGUCCCCGCAACAGGAUCACAUCGGCCAGGGGCGCUCUUCCUCUGUGACAGGAGGGAAUCGGCGUUCCGCCGCUUCGGAGGGCAAGAAGCAGAAAAUGAAGAGCUUGGCCCAAAGACGACAGUCAGCACCAUCCCUAGUUCUCAGCAAAGCUCUGAAUAAAGCCAGAACAAGUGCCAGGGAAGGCUGCUUCUCCCCAAUCAGUCCGGAGACAUGUCCACUGGUACAGUCCUUCCUUUCUCCAACUCGAGCAUUCCUUUUGGAAGGACAUGUACAACUGAAGACAGGUCUGCAGACUCAGGAGAGACACCUGUUCCUCUUUACUGAUAUUCUUGUGGUUGCUAAAUCCAAGUCCCAGUUGCAUUUCAAACUGAAGAGCCAGGCACGUCUCUCUGAAAUGUGGACUGCAUCUUGCUUGGAAGAGGUCUGUGAGAGCAGCACUAAUGCGGAUCGAUCUUUUGUUUUGGGAUGGCCCACAACCAACUGUGUCGCUAGUUUCAGUUCCGUGGAGCAAAAAGAGAAGUGGUUCAUUUCCCUUCAAAGUCGAAUCAAAGAAGAGAAAGCAAAAGACUAUCCCAAGAGUAUUCCGUUGAAGAUUCUUGCAAAGGAUAUUGGAAAUUGCGUAUAUUCAAAAACCUUAACCAUUACUAACCUGAACACAGCAAAUGAUGUGAUCCUCUUGGCCCUGCAGCAGCUUGGAAUUAAUGGUUCUGAAAAGGAUUAUCAGCUGUGGGUUAAUUCUGGGAAAGAAGACGCCCCUUACCCUCUUAUUGGGCAUGAAUAUCCUUUUGGAAUUAAAAUGAGCCACAUUCGUGACACUUUGCCCCAGACGCAGGGGUCAAAGGAUGGGGAUUGCCCUCUGGAUCUUCAGGGAGCCUUCCUAAUAGAACAGUUGCCCCGUGAGCUUCAGUGCCAGUUCAUUCUCAAGCCACGUCGCCUGGCCACUGGGCAUCAGUUAAAUGAGUUAAGCCAAAAGCCAUUUAAAAGGAGAAGAUCAAUUAUAAACUGGGCCUUCUGGCGAGAAACAGGUGUUCCAGUGGACCAUUUAGUGCCAUCUCCAACAUCUUCCAAAUCGGGGAAGCUGUUUGGCCUUUCCCUCUCAUCCCUCUGUGAGAAUGAUAACCUGCCCAAACCUAUCUUGGAUAUGCUUUGCUUUCUCUAUCAAGAGGGACCUUUUACUCGGGGUAUUUUCAGACGCUCAGCAAAUGCAAAAUCCUGCAGAGAGCUGAAAGAGAAACUUGACUCGGGUGAAGAUGUACACCUUCUUUGCGAGUCCGUGUUUGUGAUAGCCUCUGUGUUUAAGGAUUUCCUUCGUAACAUCCCAGGAAGCAUCUUCUCAUCUGAGCUUUGUGAUCAGUGGGUUUCCUUAAUGGAUGAAGGGAACCAUGAAGAGAAAAUGAAAACCAUCUACAGACUAAUGGAACAGCUUCCAAGUGCCAAUGUUGUGCUGUUGCGUUAUCUCUUCGGAGUAUUACACAGCAUACAAAAGCAAUCUGAAGGCAACCAGAUGACUGCAUUCAAUUUAGCAGUGUGCAUUGCACCCAGCUUGCUCUGGCCUCCGGCUCCUGCAGAUCCUGGCACUGAAGGAGAAUUCACCAAGAAGGUUUCUGUCCUUGUACAGUUUCUCAUUGAAAAUUGCUGCAGGAUCUUUGGGGAAGAACUUACUUCUGUCUUUGCAGAUAUUUUGCCCAAAAAUGAUAACCGGGAAGAUGGUUCAGAUCACAUUAUGGACCUAGUCAGUGUGUGGUCAAAAAUGCAAGAGAGUCGUAGGAACAAGUUGCAUGAAGAUCUCUCUUCUUUUCAUCUGAAUGACUCCUCCUAUGAUAGUUUGGAAAAUGAAUUAAAUGACUGCACAGACCCCACAUUUAACAACCUUUUUAAAAAGCGAGGGAAAGAGAACAGGAGUAGAGACUCUGUUUUGACUUUGAGCGACUGUGAUUUGGACUCACCAGAAGCUGGAGAUGCUCAGAUUAAAUUACCACUCAAGUCUCAGCCAGUAUCCAUUUCUGUGGGCUUCCAUCAGAAGUCUUCAUCACGAGAGCACUCUGAGAAUGAGUCUCUGUGUUCCAUCACAUCAGGUUAUUCGUCAACGGCCAUCUCGGAUGUUCUGAAAAGCUCAAGGAGGCAUAGGCGCUGUUCAGAGCCCACAAUUGGUCUUCUUGACUCCAAGUUUACACCACUCAGUGGGUUUCAUGAAAGUGCUGUGCGCAAAGCCAGCUGUGAUGCUGUUCUGUCCCACACAAAUGAAGACUAUGUCGAGCAGUUUCGUUCUCUCCAAGUAGAAGGGCAGAAACUUAUAAAUCAGAAUUUGGUUAUGGGGAUAGAAGUAAGCAAUAAGGAUGGUCCUGAAAGUCAUAUCAGUGAAAAGAAAGAUGUUUCUAACCGUCUUCUCCUGCCGCCACCACUUAGAUUAAAUAUUUGCUCAAGGACUAGCUGUUCUAGCCUCUCAUCACCAGGGACUUCCCCAUCAGGGUCUUCAAUGAGCUCUCUUGAUAGUGCUUUUUCCCAGUUUUCGGACUAUUCGGUGUUUACCCCAACCGAGGCUUCCUCUCCUCUAGACUGUGCCUCUCAGCCACAAAGGAAAUUUGGAGAAGUUUCUCCUGAUUUUAAUCCUUUUUCAGGAGUCCACCUUGGAUCCGGAAUUAGCACUUUUUCUAACCAAGCCAACAAUAAUCAAACCAGUAGCUUGAUACCUAUUAAGAAAGAGAACCUGGAAUGGCUUUCUCAUAAAAACCCGGUCACUCUGCAUCCCAGCACGUGGUUGAAAAAUGGUGCUUCCACCAUGAAAAACUGGACUCUACGGAAAAGGGACAGAGCCUCCAAGCAGGAUGAGAAAAAGAACACUUCUGUGAAAAUAACUUUGGAGUCAGCAGCAUUUUCUUCCGAGAAUAAUUUAGCUCAGGGGCAACAAGCAAUGGGCAACAUUUGUGCAACAGAUGUCAAUUCUGUAGCGGGGUACUUGGAGAGAGGAUCUUUUCAGGAAGUUGGGCAGCUCACAAACCUUCCUUCCUGCCCCGUGGAAGCCCAGGAGAAGCGGCUAAAGGCCUUAGAGCUUUUAGCAGAGCAAAGCAAGGAAGAGGAAGAAGAGGAAAAUUCUACAUUGUUUCUUCCUUAUAAACAACAACCACCCAGUCUUAAGCCACAGUCUCAAAAUAAACCCAAGCUAGAUGUUGAUUUGGGGGCUGAUCAUCAGUGGGUCAUUGAUAGAAAGUUAAAUGAAACUGCACGUUUCACAGGAGUUGCAGUCCAGCAAGCAGCAAAUUCCAAAACUGAUAAAUCUUCAUUGAGCAGAGAGCCCAAAGAUGCUGACAUCAACUUGGAAAAUGAAUAUUGUGCCUCUGCACACUUAGUUAGGGCUGAGGAUGAAUGUUCAUUUCAAAUGGCUCCAAAUAAUAGCUUUUCCAAAUCACCGGAAGGAACCGAUGCUAAUAAAAUGGAAUGGCUGAAAAAGUUGUGCAAUGAUCCCAAAUUCAAGAAUACAGACCAGACAUUUUUCACAGAGGAAUCCUAUGUUUGAGCAACUGAUAUAAAAGAAUGUUAUUUCAAUUUAACUUGGUGUUGCUUUAAUAUCCCAGGGGAUGUAGUCUCAUCAGGGAACUGAGGGAACUUGUGCUAUUUGAGGGAUGAGUGGAAUGAUUUUCUUAGCUAUAUUCUUGCAAUUUUUAAAGACAUUUCCUGGUAUCUGGGAAGGUCAUGUGAAAUGUUUUAAGAGAAAUACUUGAUUGUAUAACACUAGCAAACACUUGUAUAUGUGCUUGCUAUGUAACUUUUUAAUAAUAACUUGUGUAUAUUCUGGACAUUGUAAAUUUAUGUUUAGUGUCUGUGGUGAUUUGGCUGUAAUGUGUAAGAUUGGCUUGGCCUUUAUAACUUUGGUAUUGUACUCUUAUUUUGAAGCCAAUGGUCCAUUUCAUUGUUCUCCAAGAAAGGAUGGCUUAAAGUUUAUGAAGUGUCUGUUCAGUAGUUGCAGUCACUUUCUUCCCUUACCAAGAGAAAAAAAAAAUAAAGGAUGACUUUUGACCUUUUUUGUAACUUAAAAGUCCAAGUUAUAUGUAUAUCACCAUGCUGUGUUCCAUUUGGCUAUUAAUUUUUAUUUGUUUCCUUUUUUGUUUUAUAAUGAUGCUCUCCAAUGGCAUUACAUUUUGCUGAUGGUGAUGAUGAUGGCAUUGCAGGUAGAGCUUACAUAAUUAUUCUACGUGUCUUUAUUAUAAUAUAUUGAAAGUAAUGCAUUUAUCUUCAAAAAGCUUCAAGACUGUAUAAUAUAUCUUGGUAAUUUUUUUUGCUAUUGUAUAUGUUCUGAAAUAAAUGUGUAUUUUUGUACAUGUGGAAAAUACUCAACUUUUGAGUGGGUGGGCUCUGGCAGGGAUGUGUAACCAUUCACUGAAUUCUGAAAUACAGAAGUACAGGUAGUCCUUGCUUAAUGACCAAAAUUGGGACCAGCAAUUCUUAUGCCAAGUGUUGCAGAUAUUAAAUGAGACAUCACAGGGCUGCAACAGACUUAGGACAUUACUUCUGCCAUGGGUGGUAAGUGAAAUAUUAUGUGAACGCACCUUGCAAUUAUAGUGCCAGUUUCUCCACUGACUCUGCUUGGGGAAGCGAGCUGUGAAGUGCACAAAAGAUUAUCAUGUGACCCAGGGAUGCUGCGACAGUCAUAAAUACAGUGGUACCUUGGUACUCAUUGUUAAUUGGUUCUGAGAAACACUGAGUAAUAAAAAGGGGAUACCAAACCAUGUGACUUACCACAUCACCCUUUGUUUUUGCCAGGAAGGACUUUCUGUCUGUCCCUUUUCCUAUGUCAGAGACCUUCCCAGUAUGGCCGACUCCCUGUCCAUCCCCGCGCUUCCUUUUCUAGUGACAUUUGUAGCACAGCUGACUUAUACCAAAUCAAGAUCAAAUAAAAUGAGGAAAUAAAAUUGAAUUAAAGCUAAC